AAAAGAAAGCUGAUAUGGAGAAAAAGUUACUCAAGUGCCUUGUCGACUUUUACUCGAAAUUAGCAUGUCUGGACAAUAAUUGGAAGGAACUAUCGAAGAGCAAUGAAAAGGUAUUAAACGCUUUGAGAAACCAAGUUGAGCAACUUCGUCAUGUAACAAGCUCGGAGGUCGACAAUGCAGAGCUCUUUAAAAUCGAGGGGCUACGCGAUCAAUUAAUUUUCAAAAUACACGCGGGAAUCGAUGAGGAGAUCGUUGCUAUUUAUGAUACUCUUACGCAGUUGAACAAUGAUACUCAGGAUUUGAAAAAUAGAUUGAUAAAUCUUGAGAGAACCCGAAGCAAAUUAUCGCUGGAUCACGAAAACAUGAGUGAGCUGGUGAAUGGGACAACUCGCAGACCCAAGUUGAAUUUACUUCUUGAGUGGGCGAUUGACGCCUGCGAUUACUAUCAAAAUAUAUAUUACCGUAUAAAUAACAGCUUAAAAGCACUAGACUAUAAGGAUGAACAGAGCAUCCAAAAACUUGCCGGAUCAUUUAUUGAAAAAGAAAUGCCGAGGACGAAGAUCGAUCGUAUUUUGGCAUACACACAGUUCCUAGCUCAAGAAACCUGUUAACAAUUAUAUAGAUUUUUUUAUUUAAUUUUUUUUUUUUUU